GUUCUAAUUUAACAAUGAUGUGUUCUACAAGGAACUAGUUACUGUGUGACCUGGAUUAAAUGGCUGUCGAACUUAAAUUUCACAGAACGGACAAUACUCCUUGGGGGUUUAGGCUAACGGGUGGAGCGGAUUGCGAUAUUCCUCUCACAGUGAUUAAGGUCCUCGAAGGAAGUAUAGCUGAUAGAGGCGGACUACAAGUGAGUGACGUUAUCGUGCGAAUUAAUGAUAAACCCACAGCAAAUUGCACCCAUGCUGAUGCCCAUGAGCUGAUUUUACUGGAUGAAAAUGAUCUUCUUUUUGCUGUUCGCAGGGACUAUUAUGACACCGAAGAUGAAGGAGAUGAGAAUAACAACGAAGUUUCCAAUAUUAUGGGAAAUUACGAUCAGUUUAUUCCUCCUAACUUUGCCUCAAUUCACGAUAACCCAGAAGAGAUCCACAACGGCCAUUCAUCAUUCUCCAGUGUCACACAGGAUCUAAUAGCAGAAGCAAUAUCAGGUGAAGCUGAAGUUAUUCCAGGACAAAAUGUUUUAGGAGUGAAUUUCAAUAAAGUGGACCUCUCCCAGUCGACCAUCUUAAAGGUUAUGGAAGAUCAGCGACAUGCAGAGCAAACAGAGCUUAAAGAUAGGCAAUGGUCGACGUUUUUACAGAAACCUGAACGACCUAUUUUGAAACCCAAAUCAAAAGAAGUCGAUCAACCGAAGGCGCCUCCUUACCAAGUUGUUAUUAAGAAACAGAAAAGAUGGGGAGACACUGCACCAUUGGAAGUGCAAGCCGAAGUAACCGAAGACACUGUCGAUCGGGACGAAUCGCCACCUCACGACGAAAUUGCGGGGUCUGAUUUAGACGUUGACCAAGAAGAAUGUGAAGAUUGUAGGGGUUCAGAAAAUGAGGAUCAGUUAGUUGAACUCGAUCAAGACGUGGCGGAAGUAGGGGACCCAGAAAGUAUUGCGGAUGAGGAGGAAAUAGAAUUAGCAACGGAGGAAGAACAACCCGCAACUCCACCGAUGGAGGAGCAGCUUGCACAGGUUCAAAUGCAACUGGAGGCACUGGCACAGCUACCGUCGUCGAUACAAGACACCUUGGAUGCUGUCACAAAGCAGCUUUGCAAAAUCUUAAACGCAACACAAUUGCGAACGGAAGAGAAUAAGCUCUCCGAUUCAGAGCAUUCUAGUAGAGAAGCAAGUGUAGAUCGCGCACUAGAAGAAAAAGGUUUGGCAAGCGAAGAAGAGGAGGGCGAGAUUUCCCAGAAGCAAGAACAUUUCGAAGAGACCGAUUCGUUAGACUUAUCUGAGAGGGGUUCAAAUUUCAACGACGAAGAUAAUACGGAGGUUGAAUUGAUUUCCAAUCAAUCAGAGUACGAUCAAGAUUUAGAGGAACAAAUUAACGAGGAGGAACAUCAAAGGUUGCUAAUGGAAGAGGAAAAACUCGCGCAACAAGAAAGGAAAAUGAACCCAUUAGAAGAAUCGCACCAGCGUCGCUUGGAGCAGCGUCCCACUAACCCACUAGCUCCCGUUCAACGACCGAUUAUUUUACCAGGUGGUCGCCGGUGGAACGAGCCCGAUGACGCUUUACCAGCGCCCAAGAAGAAAUCGGGCAUGACCGACGAGCGAAUUUGUGAAACUUUAGAUAUGUAUUCCGAAACCAUUGUAGGACACACAAAGGGGAUCAACUUCUUGAAAUACCAACCGCCACCGAAAAAUUUGGAUUAUCUUCAGAAAUCGGAAGUUUACAAACUGAUCCACGAUAUGGAACCUCCUGCAAAAGGAAUUGCAACGAGACCUGGAGUAGUGGCAGCCGAACAGGAUUAUUACCAACAGCAUAUUAAAUUUUUAGAGGAACUAGUCUUCAUUGUGCAACCGACGUCAUUUAAUCUUAAGGAGAUGAAGAAUCAACAUUAUAUGUCAAAAAAUGUUAUUUGAGAUUAUAUCCUUAAUGAUUUGUUUUUUCUGCAAUAAAAACUUUAUUAGUGAA